GGAAGAUAUCAAAAUUGGUUUAUAUUCGCAUAGACUACAGAAUUAGACAUUUUUUAGUCCGCACUUAUAUGUAAAUGUUUUUGGGAUAUAUAGUGGAUCCAAUGCAAAUCGUUUGUGGAUUCAAAACAAUUUAUAAAAAUUGAUCCUCCAAAGAAAGCAUUUAGUCUGGAAAGACUGCCAGGGAUAAGCAAUCAUACGACACUCAAACCUGUGGAAUAUUUAGCUAAAGACAGUUUCUUCGGAACGGAAAACGAUCACAUCUUUUCUAAUGGAAAACGUUCUAAUCCAAGUGGGAGAGGAGCUAGUUUUAUUAACAUAACAUCAACUGGUGUUCAUGGUAAAUUCACUACAAACUCUUCACGCAGUGGUAACACCACGCAUUCAUCGGAUAAGUUUGACCCUCAACUUUCAGAAACAAACUAUGAGGUAAAUAGUAAAAUACCAGCGAGUUACAGCAGAAUGAAUGGGAACUUGAUUUACCGCGAUGAAACAACGGAACAUUCGACAAACCGAUAUUCAGAUUCCUAUGAUUGUGGUGACAGAUUUCCCAAUGGUGAUGAAGAGCAACUUAGAGCGCAGAGUAGCCUUGUUUCUCCAGGAAACUACGAUAUGACAAGAAAGUCGUUGGUUCUGGAUCAGGAGGAGUACGCUGCUAGUCAGACUACAGAAGCUAUCUUAGCAGAGAUAUUUGGCAAGAAUACUCAGAACUUCAGGCAAAAAUAUUCUUAUGGCGAUCAUGCUUCAGGUCACUUGAAAGAAAGCUACGAUGGUGCAGAAGCUUUUUCUCGUAGAAAUAAUUCUUCUUUUAAAAUCGAACCGAGUUUGGUUGGAAAUAUUCGUCACAGAAGUACGAAUUCAUACGGUGAAAAAACUGCAAAGAAUUUUAGCACAGAGAAAAGCAGUCACGAAAUAGAGGAAUUCAUUUCUUCCGUCAAUUCCAUUGGAAAUGAUACGUUGUACGAUACGUUUUCUACGGACAAAAAUGAGCUUUUCAACGCACCAGGGGCGAAAGUUUCGAAUGAUCUAUAUGACUCACAUUUGGGAGGAGAUCGAAUUACCAACGAAGACUCUGAUAUCUUAAGAGGAUCCGUUAAUACCACUGCUGUCAAUACUUCAAAACAAAUUACAAGUUCGUCAGCUUCAAAUCGUUCCUCUCUUGUUCAAAGUAAUGUUGUGGAUUAUUAUGAAAGGUUGAAGAGUGAAGGUAAAGAAUGGAAAGAAGAAAGGAUAUUGGAAAGAAUGAAUUCAAGAAAGGGUGUCAGGUCAAAAAGCAGUGAAAUACCAUUAAGGAAUGAUGAUCACAGUUUUAGUUUAUCAAAGUCUUGGGAAUCAACAAGAAGUAGAAAAGAAUUUCAGUUGUUAAAUGGGGACGAUGGAAAAGUGACAUAUAAAAUGACGGACAUUUCUCCGGAAGAAAAAAUUAAACAAAUGUUUCGAAUGGAAGAAGAGAUUUGUCUGAGAAGAGCUCAAAAAUUUCACAAACUGAAGCUGCUGCAAAAAGUUUUCCUGGCUUGGCAGAGAAGAUCACAACUUUUGAUCAUCAAAGCAGAUAAACUGUGUAGAUCACAUCUCUUGCAGAAAGGCAUUAAGGGUCUGAUGUUCGCCGUAGAACAUCAGAAAAUUUCUAUUGGUAGUUUUGCAGGGAAACAGGAGAGAGUUUUGGUCCUAAAGUGUUGGCGACUGUGGCAGCAAAAGACACGUGAAAGACGAAGAAAGAAAAUGCAGGAAACAUUUUCACAGUGGCGUUUUUAUAGAUUACAUGUUGAGAGAACCAAGCUACUUGAAAGCAUCGCUAACAGACAUUUUUUGUCGAAGAAUUAUUCAAAGUGGAAAGCACGUUUUAGUUCGAAACAAAAACACAGUUUAGCCAAUGUUCAUUUCCAAAUUAAUCUGAUCUACAAGUACUGGAAUUGUUGGACUGUUUACGUGAAAGAACGUCGUGUCAAGAAUCGUUUAACCAGCAUUGCAAGAUACCACUAUGGAGAAAAGGUGCAAUAUCAUCUCUUUGAGUAUUGGAAAAGCAUCACUCAAAAGUCCUUAUUUAGUCGUCGACUUACAAGACGACGUGUUUUAUUGAAGUUCUUUUUCAACUGGAAACACUGGACACAAUACGCAAAAAUUGUUCAUCUACGCUUGCAAAACAUGUGCAAAGAAUACCACAAGAAAACCCUCACAAGAAGAAUGUUCAGAAAAUGGAAGGAAGCGAGGAGAAUGAAACUUGCUAUUGAUUUUUGUAGAAAAACACAGCAAAGACGAGCAAUUAAAUUAUGGAAUCUGAGAUACAUGAGAAAACGACUCCAUAAGCAUUUGUGUAAAGCUGUGGCGAGAUCGGCAAGGAAAAGAAGAUUCUUUGUGAAAUGGAUGAAUUUUGUCAAACAGCAAAAGGAGUCUCGAGAAGAAUGUAUGAGCAUAUUGCAACACGUAUACAUCAGAGUUGUAUUCCAUUGUUGGAGGAAUAAGACAACAGCGAGAAUUCAAAUGAGGAGAUCAAUGCAGUGUUUCCAGCAAGAGAGGCUUCAUAGAUUAGUUCAAAAGAAUUGGGAAUCUUGGAAAUUUCAAUUGAAAAUUCUGGAAAGAAGGAGACGUUCCAGGAAUAAUUGGUCACUACGCUGCGUUACAAAAUGUUACAACGUCUGGAAAAUGAAAGUUAAGAAAACACAACUUCGAGUUAAACUUCAUGAAAGUUGUCCAGGAUUUGAAAUCCUUUUUGUCAAACGAUAUUUUGUGUGCUGGCUGCUAGAACUGAAGAAAAUCAGAGCAGAGGAUAGAAGAGUUCAGAACGCAGCAAGAAUUCUACAAAGAAGUAAACUUGGCCGCAUUCUUCAGGCUUGGCGAGUUGUCAAUCAAGAAGAAUGCAUUAUUGAACCUCUCAUCAAGAAACGAGUUCGUAGAGAUACGGCAAAAGCUUUUGAUGCCUGGCGCCGUUAUAUAUUGCGUGGAACUGGUUUGAGAAGAUUUUUGAAAAUAAAAGAUGACAGAUCAAGACAAUCAGCGUGGAGAACGUGGAGUCUUAAACUGUGGUGUAGAAAUAAAGAAAGAGAAGUUUUGGAAAAACUGAGCUUCUCGAAAUUAGCGAGACACUUCUUCUCUUGGCUGGAGCUUGUGAAAGACAUUCGUGAGAGCGAGAGAAUUGCAGAAAAGAGAAAAGAAAGUUUGAUUAGAAAAUUUGCUCAAACAUGGAGGAUAAAUACGAAGCAGAGAGUUGAGAUAAGGGAAUCAGAAAACGCACUAAAGGCUCGUCGUCGGAUAAUUCUGGGAGUUUAUUUCAACUCUUGGUUACGAAAAGCCUCGAAACAUGCGCAAACUAUGACAUCAUUAGUAAAAUCAGCUGACGAGGCCGGGAAAGAAAUGGUAAUGAAAAGAUCAUUUUUCAGAUGGCGAAGACAAUAUUCAGUAGAACUCAAGGCAAGAGAAUACAUCAGAUCAACGCAGAGGGAGAUGUUAAGGAUAAUAUUUUCGGCUUGGAAAGAUUUUUCGAAAACAGAAUUAGAACGAAAAGUCUGUGACUUUGCCACGAACCUCGCGAUGGAAUCGUCCCAGGGCUCCGCUUUCUUGUCAACAUCUGGUUACCAAACCUCUCUAAAAAACUCGUCAUCGUCUUUACCUUUUCUCGCAGCUGAUGAAGAGAUCUUCUCUCCAGUUCCAACGCCUCGUUCUCGUCCAGUCACGCCGACAUUAAGUUUUGGUGACACUUCAACACCGCGACCAUUCGCCAUUUUACCCAGCUAUCGUCCUGUCACCAUCGACAGCCCGUACCAACAUUCUGGUCCUCGCGCAUCACCAUCAUUAAGCAGACAACACAGUCUUGAACAGAUAUUAACACCACAACGUUCAAGUGAAGAUGACGGGGUUCUUUCUUCCGGGGUUCAUUCCGCCGGGGAUGAUAGUGACCAGGAUGAUCGUACGUCAAUUCAUAUCACAGAGUCUCUUUACUCGUAUCAAAGCACAUGUGAUAGUGUCGUGCGUGAUCGUGAAUUACUGGUAACAGAAACAAUUAUUCACUGGCGAUCUUUAUCACUGAGUGUCGCGUUCCGCUCGUGGUUUAAAUACACGCAGCACAUGAAUCACGUGAGAAUGACGUAUACUGAAUGGAUGGUACGGGAUAGAGAGAGACUUGUGACGAAAUAUCUUAGCAAAUGGAGACGUUGGUUAUUUAUUUCUGUCCUGGCCAGGCAGCAUUGGGUCAAUCAAGUGAAAAAGAAAGUGUUAUCACAAUGGAUAGAUUAUCGCAAACAGCAAAUGCAUGGGAUCCGAUGUAAGGAAGAAGCCAAUGAUUUCUCUAAACGACGCUUGCUGAAGAAGUUUUACGAUAUCUGGAAACAAAAGAGAACAGCAAAAUGUCAGUUACAGAACAUCGUCUUGCGUUGGCAACGAUCGGUCAAAGUCACAGACAUGGAUAAACAAGUUAUUGAGCAAUAUAAAUUAGCUGAUCGAGUGCAUUGUCUCAGAAAAACGUUUAACUAUUGGAAAAAGGCAACACGUUUUUCCCAAAAGGCGACAUUUGCAUAUCAAACUUCACUAUCACGAAGAUGCUUUCUGGCUUGGCGAGAUGUUUCUUCUUUUCGAGCUGAACAUCGGAAAAGAAUGGAAUCAUUCAGAACAAAACGUGUGUUAGCGAAGGCUUUCAAGGAAUGGCUGUCAUGUUACGAAGACGUUCGAACUGCCAGAAUAAUCAUCGGGGUUUCAGAAGAGCGAAGAAUUGACAGGAUUUUCAAGGCGUGGCAUAAUUGGGCUGCUGCAACAAGAAAUAGAAGGAAGAUUUCUUAUGAUUAUCACCAUUCUCACGAGAAGAGAAAAUUGAGAGAGAAGUUUCAAUUUUGGUCUGCUACCAGCAAAGAAUGCAUCAAAAUGAGAGAACAUUAUCAAAAAACCCUGCAAAGAAAGGUUCUUAGAUCUUGGCGCUCUGUUUUAAUGCACAAAUCAACUGCUGCUACAUCAAUCCAUGAGUUUCAAAACAUCGUUAUGAAAAAUUUGCUGCGUUCGACGUUCAUUUUCUGGCGCACAAGAGUUAGGAAUAAUCAGAUUAUGUUAGAGUACUCUAAGUUAAAAGAGAAGCAACAUCUCGCCUUGGCUUUUAAUCGAUGGAAACAGAAGAAACGUCAGAAAGAUGCGAAUAAACAUUUCUCUCAAAGUCUUAUGAAAAAGUCAUUCAUGUGCUGGUGUAAACAGAUUUUGAAACGAAAAAAGGCGAGGCAGCAUUUUAAAUUUUGGCAGACGAAAGCUGAAGGAAGUAAAGAAUUAAAUCAAGUGGCAGAUACACUAGUGUAUGAUUCUGAGAAUAGAUUAUUGGAAAAUAAAUUUAUGUUAUGGAGAAAGCUCACAAAACAUUCGCAGGUUGCAAAAUAUCAUCAUGAGACGAAAAUGACACGAAGACAUUUUCUGGGAUGGUUUAAUCUUUUCCAUAAAGAGAAGAUACUACAAAACAAACUGAAGGAGUUUCAAUGUUUACAUCAUCGAAAUGAUUCGGGGUUGCUUGUCAAAUACAUGAAAAUAUGGUUGAAUAAAUCUACGUUUUCAACAAAAGCAGAUAAUUUGUAUCACGAAACGUUAUAUUCAAGAUAUUGGAAAUUGUGGCGACACAGCUUCGUUCGUAGGAGAGUUUCUUUGGCCAUGGUACAGCAUGACAAUCAAAAAAUGUUAUCCGAAAUAUUCAAUGCCUGGUUUAUUGUGAGCUCCUCUCACAAAAACCUUUCAAAGGAGAUCAAGACGUUUCGUUUGAGAAGAUGGUUUAGAAGAUGGAUGACCCGUUACAAUAAUUCUUAGAAUUGGAUAACAAGUACAGUAAUGAAUUGGGCAAUGAAGAAAUAUUUCGGCCGAUAUCCACAUGUGUGUUAACCCAGGCAAAACAAAAUAUCCUCACAGACUGUUUGUAAAUUCUAAGUUUUUCGUACGUGUAAAUAUAAAUAAUAAUAUUUUCAUAUAGGUAAUAUAUAUAUUGUAUUUUCAAUGUAUUUUUAUGUAAAAAUAUACAUCUCUGUU